GGGAAAGUGACCCUGACGACAGAAGAGACGACGGCAGUCACUGAGAUUACAGACACUCCUAUCGAAUAUAUUUGCUGCGACGGGAGUCUUUGGAAAGCGGUGCUCUCUGGAGGCGUUCGCAGAGCCUAGUGCCGCACAAUGGACCACAUCUGGGCUCGUAUUUUCAUAGGAGUCAUUAUCUGGGCGAUUGCUGCAUGUUCACUCAACAAUAUCGAAGACACCAGUGCGGAGCAGCGCGUUGGUAUCAAUGAACAAGACGGGAGGCACGCCAGGCCAGGAGACACUGCACAGUGCCAAGUGGGGAAGCUUUCGGAGCGCUUCGACUGUUAUCCAGAACCCGGAUCCAACGAAGCUGGCUGUCUUUCUCGCGGGUGCUGCUGGGGAAGACUAGACGAAAUUCCCGGUGAAAGGAAGCUCGAUAUCCCUUACUGCUACUUCCCGAUAAAUUACGCUGGCUACUACGUCGAGAAUGCGGAGAUUUCCGACGACAGGAUCGAUGUUAUGCUCGUGCGUCGGACGCCAUCGGGAAUCGACGUGGACGUGCCAUUUGUGCACGUAGAGAUUCUCUUCUACGACCAGGACACACUCAGAAUCAGGGUGCUGGAUCCAUUUCACAGGCGAUUCAUUCCACCCGUGCCCCAGAUCCCCUUCCGAACUUUCUCGGGCGACCGUCAGUACGUCGUCGGUUUGGACAAAAGCAGCGGCAAGCUGGUGGUUCAGCGCCGUGGAGACUCUCAGACUAUCAUCUUUCAGACGGAUUUGUCCCGACUGAUCUUCGCCAACCAGUUUCUGCAGCUGUCGACGCUGAUGCCUUCUGACACAGUCUACGGCCUCGGAGAGCAGUGGAAUCCACUCCGCCGAUCUACCAAUUGGACACGCCACGUGUUCUUCAACAGGGACCUAGCACCUACUGGAACAAGAAAUCUGUACGGGACACAUCCGUUUUAUCUGGGGCUUGAAGAAGAUGGCAAGAGCCACGGUGUCUUCCUGCACAACAGCAACUCAAUGGAGGUGGUGUUGCAGCCUGCACCCGCAGCCACAUUCCGGGCCAUCGGCGGCAUCCUGGACAUGUUUGUCUUCGUCGGUCCGACUCCGGCCAAAGUGGUGCAGCAGUACCAGAACGUGGUCGGCUUUCCCGCCAUGCCCCCUUAUUGGGGCCUCGGCUUUCACCUGUGCCGUUUUGGGUACGGGACUCUCAACAGGACCCGCUUUAUCAUGGAGAAGAACAUCGAAGCUGGGAUUCCUCUGGACACGCAGUGGAACGACAUUGAUUACAUGGUACGGCAGAACGACUUCACCUACGACGACGAAAGGUUCAACGGCCUCCCAGACUUCGUGAAUGAUCUGCACGCUGGUGGCCGCCACUACGUCGUAAUUGUGGAUCCUGCUGUGAGUGGUUCCGAGCCACCCGGAACGUACCCCCCUUACGACCAGGGCAUGGAAAUGGACAUCUUCGUGAAAAACAUGUCCGGAGGCGUGGUCUAUGCCAAGGUGUGGAACGACAAGAGUAGCGUGUUUCCAGAUUUCACACACCCAAAGGCCCAGGAGUACUGGGCUCAGCAGUUCAAGAACUUCCAUAACGUCGUUCCUUUCGACGGGGCAUGGAUUGACAUGAACGAGCCGUCCAACUUCUACAACGGUCAUGCGGACGGUUGUCCGACAGCGGACAGGCUCGAUCAUCCCCCGUACGUUCCUGGCGGAGAACCGCUCUACACCAGGACUCUCUGCAUGAGCGACCGCCACCACAUCGCACCCCAUUACUUCGUGCACAACAUCUACUCAUAUUUUGAAGCCAAGGCAACUUACAAAGCCUUGGCAUCCAUCCGACGAAAACGACCGUUCAUCAUCUCUCGAGCGACGUCACCGGGACAAGCCGCCUGGUCGGGACACUGGUCAGGGGACAUUGCGUCUUCCUGGGAGGACAUGCGACUGAGCAUACCAAACAUGCUGAGUUUCGGAAUGUACGGCAUGCCGCUGGUGGGUGCGGACAUCUGCGGCUUCAACUCCAACACCACGGUGGAACUGUGUGCACGCUGGCAGGCCCUCGGUGCCUUCUACCCCUUCUCCAGAAACCACAACACCGAUGACGGCUUGGACCAAGACCCUUACAGCAUGGGCCCCCUAGUGGUUGAUGCUGCCCGGAGCACCCUGCUGGGGCGGUACACGCUGCUGCCGUAUCUCUACACGCUGUUCUACAGAAGUCACACAAUCGGCGAGACUGUCGCUAGGCCUCUCUUCUUUGAGUUUCCGGAGGACCCGAACACCUACAGCAUCGAUGAACAGUUCCUUUGGGGUCCCAGUCUGAUGUUCAGCCCGGCCUUAUACCCGAACCAGACUGAGGUCAACGUCUACAUCCCGGCCGGCGUGUGGUAUGACGUGGACCGAGGGACUGCCUACUCAGCGACGUCCGGGCGUUAUCAGGCAUUCCCUGCGCCCUUCAACGUUGUGAACACCCUGAUCCGAGGUGGAUCCAUCGUUCCCGGUCAUAAGCCGGCUCUUACAACAACCGAAAGUCGACAGAACCCUUUUGUUUUGCUGGUUGCACCUGACCGCAAGGGCACUGCACGAGGACACCUGUUCUGGGACGAUGGAGAUUCAAUCAAUACCAUAGAAGACGAUAAAUACAACAUUUAUGAGUUCUUACUAGUAAAGGACCUUCUUAUUAUCAGCCGGACGAAACGAGGAUAUGCGGAUAAUGUGACUCUGGGAAGAGUGAGGGUCUUCGGUGUUUCUACUGGGCCAACAACUGUUUCUCUUGAAGGCAGAAGCGUGAAGUUCGACUACAAUGAAACAACUGAGGUUCUUACUCUUCUGGAUCUUGAUCAACCAAUGGAUGAAGAUUUUGCGGUCACAUGGACGUAAAUUAUACAGGGAAUCCUUCCGAAGCUUUCCGAGGUCGCAAAAGAAUGACAGAGUGUAUAAUGUUAUAAGCUGAUAAUGGCAAUAAAAUCGCCUCUGUUUAAAAACAA